AUGUUCGAGCGUCCGGGCUCCGGCUGCGUCGCGUUCCUCAACUCCAUCUUGGGCAGCCUUCUGUCCUUGCCGUCGUGUCCCAUCGACGACGAUGAGACGGGCAGCAUCGCCUUGCCCUGCGGGAGCGUGGUCGACUCUAUCGGCUCUACGGGCAGCCUGGCCCAGAGGCCGAGCGUCCUGCCCUGGGAAGAUGUGUACUACGAGGAAGACGAAGAGGACGAGGAGGAAGACGGCAGCGGGACCCCGCCUGUGAUUGUGGUGUUCCUGUCGGCCCACGGACUGGCCGAGUACGCGUACCUCUUCUCAAGGGAGAAGGUGGACCUGGACGCCCUGACGCUUUCGGGCGAGGAAGGCUUCAUGAACAUGGGUGUGCAGCUGGGACCUCAUAAUAUGCUGCUCAGGACGGUCAGGCUGAGACGGGUCACUUUCCAGGACCCCGGAGAAGUGGCCGACACGAGGCUGUAG